AAAACAUACUUUUUUUUAAAGAUAUUAGUCAUACAUAAUGUUGCCUUGUUCGUAGUAUUCUGAAUUUACUGUGUAUGUGGGAGGUUGAAUGAUCUAGUAUCCAUGAAGUCAGAGAAGCAUGUAUGUACCAGUAUAUUUGUGAAUUAAUUGGGUUGGGGGUUGUAAAGUGUAGUUUGUCAAGCCAGCCCAUUUAAACAAGGACAAGUCAGACAUAUUUUACAAUGUGUGUAUAUAUAUAUAUAUAUAUAAAGAAAAGCGUGGAUAUCUGCUUCGUGAGUGACAUGCCCAGUAUAUGAAUCAGUUGAAAAGUUAAGAAGCUUAUCUCCAGAAUUAGAACACUAUAGUUCACUACAUUUAAUCUGCACGUGGUCGUUUUACGAUAUUACUAUACAAUCAGUGAACAGACACUUAAAACAUGCGACUCGGAUGAAGGUGUUAGUAGUUGUUCUACCUCAAUUAAUUUUUCCGUUAACCAACAAAUUGAUAGAAGUCAAUGAACUGAAUGGACUAAUUCUCUCAAAUCCAACAAUCACGUCCGUUCUUCGAAGAUCAAUACAUGGUGAUAUUAACCAAUGGAAAAAGAAAACCACGCAUCCAGUUAAUUGACAACAAGUUCACACGUUUUGUGUGUUGUGAUAAAUUUUUGGAAAUAAAAUGAGAUGACUCUUGGGAAAGAAAUUAUUCUAACUUUGGAUGGAUUGACGUGCUGUUGCUUGGAAACUUAGUAAUUGCACUUGGACCGUUUGAAGUUUGGACUUAAAUGACCGGUUGAAUUCAUGACAUGUUUUUCAGAUUUGAAAUCAAGAGUAUGAAUAACAAAUGAACUGAAGUGUGAUAUUUAAAUGACUAGUGUUUUAGUAAAGUGUUUAAAUUAUUCACCAAAUUAAGGUGUGCUACUUUACAGUGUGUUAGGGUUAAAUAGUGGCAGUGACUUGAGGAGAAACAGAAGUGAGUUGGGGGUGAAAACAACUCGCUGUGUUUCUCUAACAAAAAUACAACUCAUGGAUGGACUUGUAUAGAAUGCACAUGCAUGUGUAUUUAUAGAGAGUGAUUUAGUAACUAUUCCAUCAACAUUAUAUAUAUACCAAUAGUAAUAUAUAUAUAUAUCUGAGUGAGGCCUAGUUCAAUACAAGUGUAGAGUGGAUGAAGAGUUCAUUGUUAAAACGUACAAGACCCGAGAUCAAUAAUUAUAAUACUACUGCCAACUAACGGCUCGCUCACACAUCAACACGUGCACAGACUAGUCACACUCUCGUUAGAGUUAACAAAGACAUUGUUCUGCUAGUGUGUGUAAACUAGUUGUAGUUUUACCGCGCGGAUAUUGCUAUCUGUACUUGCCUGCAGGCCUUUUUAGGGGGUGCAGACACAAUACCAGGUGAUUAGAUUAAAUUUAACGGGCUUUUUGUUAGGAGGUGCAGAUGUGAGAGGAACACAUUAUUAGGAUUUUGGAGCCAUUUUAUUCAGUGGUCUGCUAAACAAAGCAGACUAGCUGGUGUGUGUUUAAUUUUGUUUGGGUUAAAUUAAAUAACAGUGUUUUACAAAAUGGGGAAACUAAAUAUGAUAGAUUCCAAAGUACGCGAUUCCAAACACAUCAAACGGGAUGUGGUUAGUGCCAAUUUGGAAGUUGUGACCCAGGAGAGUUUUAAUCGAAGAUUGGAAGGAAUGAGUGCUUGUCUUAAUUGUGAAAAAGAAAGAACCAAUUUCAGGGGACAUAACUCUAAAAAACAAAAACAUAAUCGUAAAGGCAAAUGGAAGCGGCCACCGGUCAAGACUAAAUCUCCAAUAGUUAUUCGUCUUAAGGACACGUUAAAAUCGUCCAUCAAACAUCGACAGAGUAGUGUGGAAAUUGACUCGGAGCCAUCUUCUCCCAUUGAUCAUGUUGCUCAUGACGACCAAUAUUAUGGUAGCUACAUUCCUCCAUACUAUCAUUAUUCUGCCAAAACUAUGUUCAAAGAAUUUAAAAAUGCUCACAAACUUUCAGAGAAAGCCAAGCAAAAGGACAAUAAAAAUCUUAAUGCCUUAAUUUCCAAUAUAGAGAAAGCUCAUUUGAAGCAUAAUAGCAGUAUAGACUAUAACUUAUCAAGGGAGGCAACUCCGUAUCAGAAAAACUCAGAUCCACUCAAUAAUGUGAAUUGCUCAAAUGAAACCAGCGAUGGUACAGUUUCCCGUAGUAUUAUUAAUAGAGAUAAUAUAGACCUUAUUUGUAAUGAUUUAUACAACAGUAGUGAAAAAUCCGAUAGUGGGACCAUAGACGAUUCCGAAAGUGAGUAUUCUUCAAUAACCUCCAGUGUGGAGAAUUUAUCCGAUUCGGGAGACAUUAUUCCAAUCGUUGACAAUUCCGCAACUUUCCAGUUCCUGCCAGAAGAGCUCGAGAGACUGGCCAAUUAUACGACAGGAUUUCCCCUGUUUCGUUAUGAUUGCGCUCCGUCCCAAUGUUCCGAAUGUAUGAACGCGUGGACGAACUACCAGUACUAUAACUAUCCUGGUCAUAAUCUGUUUUCCGAUCCAAAACCCAGUCAAUCACAUCCCGAUAGUUUCGAUAUCCAUUCCACAAUUGACGUAGAGGUUUCGACAUCCCAAGAGGAAAGUCUCGACGAAUCUGAAGAAGAUGAAAUAACAAAUAUCACUAUAACGCCCGACUAUGAGCAGUCGGAAGAAACAAGACAAGUCAACGCCAAACGACCAAAGACGACGCCACAUCGCGUGGCUAUAAGUGUACAGAAGGCAGACGAGUUGACGGAAGCACCAGUCAAACAAUUAUGGGAUAUUGGAAUCUCGCAUCGAAGAAAUCGUUAUGACGAUAAUCCUUUUCCGGAUAGCGUGUACAUGGAUCUGACGGGAAUGGAUGUGACGGUUACAGUUUAUUACGAGCAGAAUCUCACACCAUCAUCAACCAUCAGUGUGGAUAGCUAUGCAAAUUAUGGUUCACUUUACGUCCCCCCUCAUUGGAAUUCAGCAUAUUACUGGCCAUCGUAUUAUAUGCCGCCAUCAUACGGACUGACGUCUCAAAUAUCAUCUCUUAGUGACAUGUCAUUGCCAAAAACAGUUAUGGUUCCACCUCAUGAACUUAAAACCUUUAAUGCCACAGCACCUCCAACUAGACAAUGGAUGGCUAUAGCUGAACCAGACCGGUCUCGUCCCACAGCUCUAUUUACCGUGAUGUGUUAUAACGUAUUAUGUGAUAAAUAUUGUACAAGACAACAGUAUGGGUACUGUCCCUCCUGGGCUUUAAACUGGGAAUACAGAAAAAAGGGUAUUAUCGAAGAGAUCAGAAUUUAUUCAGCUGAUAUUAUCAGCUUACAGGAAGUCGAAACGGAACAGUUCCACAAUUUCUUCCUGCCAGAGUUAAAGCGGGAUGGUUACGACGGAAUAUUUGAGCCAAAGUCACGAGCGAAGACAAUGACAGAGCAGGAAAAGAAACACGUUGAUGGCUGUGCCAUAUUUUAUAAAACAAACAAGUUUACCCUCAUCAAAGAACAGUUAAUUGAAUUUAAUCAGAUUGCCAUGGCGAACGCAGAAGGUUCGGCAGACAUGUUGAAUCGUGUUAUGACAAAAGAUAAUAUUGGUUUGACAGCUUUAUUAGAAACAAAAGAAGUUAUCUGGGAACAUGGUAAACCACCAGAGAAUCAAAUACGUCAGCAAAUCAUGGUCGCUACAGCUCACAUCCAUUGGGAUCCUGAAUAUUGUGACGUGAAAUUAAUACAGACAAUGAUGUUGAUGUGGGAGUUACGUAAUAUUAUCGAAGACACACUACAACAAUUCCGACCGAACACAGCUACAGCGAGAGAUAUUAACGCCAUGCCUUUAUUAUUGUGUGGUGAUUUAAACUCUCUACCAGACUCAGGUGUCGUUGAAUAUUUAACUCAUUCUAAAGUGGCAGCUAACCAUAUAGAUUUUAAAGAAUUGGGAUAUGAAAAUUGUUUGAAGAAACUGAACCCUAAUAUCCGUGAUAAAGAAUCUCUAUCUCAUUCUUUCCGUCUUGGUCGUGCCUAUAAUAACAGCGAGAUAAUGCCCAAUACUAAUUACACGUAUGAUUUUAAAGGUAUUAUAGAUUACAUCUUCUACUCAAAGGAUCACAUGAAUUUACUUGGCAUGCUGGGAGCUAUUGACGACGAGUGGUUUAAACAAAACAAGAUCAUUGGCUGUCCCCAUCCACACAUACCAUCAGAUCAUUUCUCACUCUUCGUAGAAUUCGAGAUGCCAUUACCUCGAACGACGAACUCAACUCGUGCAAUCGCACAAAGUAAAAGAUAGUCGGGGAUUAUCUCCCCAUACUCCAUUCAACGUCUCAUGAAACAACUCGUCAUUUUGAAGAUCUAUAACCUCCCAUUGUUUUUAACCAAACAUAUCAAUAUUUCCUUCUUGAAUGUUGCACGGAGUUAUGGUUCUUGACAACAGAUUUUGAAUUAUUUUUCACAUAAAUAACAUCGACUACUGCAGCGUUGUCGUGGGCAACACAAUAGUAACUUGAAUAAUGGUGGAUGUUAUGUCAUCAAUGGGAAGAUAACUCUCGUGUGACUAAAAGAGGAAGUCAUUAUUGACAUGGACACAUUGUACAGUCAGAUUGUUGUCACGUUUUUAUUGUCUUGUCAUAAAGGGGAAUAACCAUUGUGUAAAUAAUGACAUCAUAAAUAUUUUUUGUCGGGAAGGGGGAGGGGCUGAAACAUGGCGCCGCACUGCCGUUAAAUUGGUGGCCAUUUUAUUUCUUUGAAAAAUUAUACUGAUAAUAAUGGCAUUAAGAAAGAUAUUUUUAUUGUUAGAUUGUUGAAUCAGUGAAUAAACUUAAGGAAAUCAGUAUUGUAAGCAAUCAAAUGUCGAUUAUUUCCAUUAUCCAAGACAUUAUUGUGGAAUUUCCUCUUUGUUUUUUUAUUCUUAGAAUUCAUGAGAUAAUGCAUUUGAUUGGCUUAAAUACAAAAUAUCAUUCUGUUGACUUUAUCAUAUUCUAUGUCAAAAAUAUGCCAGUAUUUUUUUGGUAAAAUCUUGUUUUGAUCUUGAUAAACAGUUCAAUUCCAAAUUAUGAAAGCUUAUAAAAAUUUGUUGAAAAACUUGAAACAUUUUGGAUGUCGAUAGUGAUUAUAAGUAGCCAUCUUUGUUUAUUUUGGUUUUGACCAAGAUGUUGACAACUCAUUCACAUACUCAUCUUUAUGUUGUCAAGUGUUCAUUUUGUUAUGAUGUUUUUACCCUUGACCGUGAUAGGCCUAGACAUGAAAUUAUGAAGGGCCUUGAAAUUAUUACAUCUUUAUCUUGUUUGAAUUCAAAUAUUUUUAUUCUUUAUCAGUGUCCAAACUCGUGGGUUUUUGUCGGGUUCUCCGGUUUCCUCCCACUGCUAAAGACCCCUACGCGUAAGCGAAUUAUUGAAAUAAAACUAAACCAUAUGUUAGUCCCAAAAUGAGCUGGUUUGUGUCGAGUGGACGUUAACCCCUAUAUCCCGUGACAUAGUUCAUUGUUGGACAGAUAGGUCUAUGGCAGUUAAUGGUGAAUUCGUCCGAACAAUUUUAUCACAAGACUAAUGUGAAGAUAUAACAUAUUAUUUUUCAAGCUAACCAUUGUUAACUUUGAUCUCAACAACGUCACAAAUCGUAAAUUUCAAAAUUUCAUUCUACAUGUUAAAAAUCAUCCUAAACAAAACUAUAAAAGGAAGAAGCAUUUUUAAAUUUCAUCUUUCACUUGGUAAUUUUGUAGUAAUAAUUGUUUUUAAUCGAUAUGAUUUUAAAUGGAAGAAUUUAGUUUAUUAAAGUCUUAGGGUAGUGUUGAUCAAUGCUCUGGCACAUCGAUAUUUAUUCCGUGAAACGGACGUACUCUGGCGAAUAUAUUUUAUGAAUAUUUUAUGAAUAUUUUGACUUCUGGUACUGAUAUUCAGUAGCAAUGUAGUCUCUAUCAUUCAGGGGGGUUGGAUGGCCGAAUCGUUAGCGCGUACGCGCUGCAUCAUAAGGUCUGUCAUUGAGUCAACUGGCGUGGUUUUGAUUCCCCGGUUGUAUAUGACAAGGAGUAGGGUCGCCUGUCCAACCUCGUGGGUUUUCUCCUGGUGUUCCGGUUUCCUCCCACUGCUAAAGACCCCUACUCGCAUGCGAAUUAUUAAAAUAAAAUUGAACCAUGUGUUAGUCCCGAAAUGACCUAGUUUUUGUCGAGUGGACGUUAAACCCCAUUGUGAACACCUUACUUCACUUAUACUAUUUAUAUAGUUAAAUUUGGCCAGUGAAAAUAUUAUCUUAGUCCUGAUAAGGGCUUGAUCCCCAAUAACGCACGGUGGAAAAAAGGGUAAUUUGACUUUAGUCCUUCGGAUUAAUAAAAAAAAAAAAAUUUGAGAGUACGUUUUUUUUACACGGGUGAUAAAUAUGAGUGUGUUAGUGUCUUGUAUCAGGAGUUGAUAGUAGGAAUGGUUUGUUGAUAUACAUGAAAUGAUAUAUGAUGUAGAUUUAGAAUCUUCAGGGUUUCUACAGAAUUUCUUCAAAAUUUUAAAAAAUGUGCCAUUUGUAAAUGAAAAGUCUUAUUUAUGUUUAUACAGAAAAUGGCAUGUAUAAAUCAUGUUACAGUUCUAAUAAAUUUUCACUUAACUAAAAUUAAAUUAAUUGAUACUAAUUUUUUGUGUGAAGUUAGAAUUUUAUUAUUUGAAAUAUUUUGCAUACUUGUUGAUAUUUGUGUGUAAAGAUCUGUAUAAACCCUGAUAUAGGAAUGUAGUUUAAUAUGAUCACGUAGGAAUCAAUUAAGUGGAUUAAGAAAAGUGUUUUAAUGAACAGCCUCCGAUUGCAGUUAUUUCAUAUAUUCUAUUUUGAACAACUUGCAUGAGGAAAAUGAAAUGUUUGAAAGUUUUGAUUACUUUGAAAGACACCAGUUUUUAGAUUAUGAAUAACAAAAUUGUUUGUUUUUUUUGUGAAUUCUUGUAAAAAAUGAUAUAAAUUAUUUGUUUUUAAGUGAAUAAAUAAAUAUACAUUGAAUACAAAAAUAUGUAAAUAAAAUUAAUGAUGAAAUAAAAUAAAAUGUAAAAUUAUUUGGUUUGUAACAUUUUCUUAUUAUUGUAGAUAUGUUGUUUUUUUUCUUCUAAAAUUGGUAACCAUGGAAACCCCUUGUUAUUUCCUUAUCAAUAAGUGCUAUAUAAUAUUUAACCUUUGAUAUUUAAAUUAAAAAUAGCUUUUGAUUUGUACAAAAAUUUAAAUCAGAAAAAAAAAAGAAAAAAAAAAAAAGAACAAUUGAUGGGGUAGAUCAAAAUUAAAUAUUUUUAGAUUGAUGAAAUUACGGCCAUAUAUAUGUACACUUAAUUUACGGCAGCAACAUCGUCAUCCCAAGUUAUCAUGUCUCGAUGAGCAGCAUAUUUGUUUAAUUCAUAUUUUUAACAACAUCUAGGAGUGUUAAACUUUGACUUUUAAUAAUGCAGAUGUUUUGAUUGGAAUAAGCUACAGAUGAUAACAAUUUUUUUUUAUAUAUAUAUAUAAACGGUAUUUUAUUUACGGAAAAGGAUUUGAGGGAUAGAUCUGUAAUUUAUAUACAAGCGUCAGUUUUAACUCACCACUGUAUCUAAAGAGGUCUGAAUGCAAAAGAUUCUGUUUGAAAGACCUAGUUGAUACGUUGAGCAAUUUGGUUAAAACACAGAUACUAUUUCGUUUCGUUUUUUAAAGUUCAAAAUGUAGAUUUAUUUGUCUUUACUACAGGGGGGUUGGGUGGCCGAAUGGUUAGCACGAGCGUGCUGUAUCAUAAAGCCUGUCAUUGAGUCAACUGGUGUGGUUUUGAAUCCCCGGUUGUACGUGGCAAGGAGUAGGGUCGUCUGUCCAACCUCGUGGGUUUUCUCCGGAUCCUCCGGUUUCCUCCCACUGCUAAAGACCUCCUACGCGCAAGCGAAUUAUUGAAAUAAAAUUAAACCAUAUGUUAGUCCCGAAAUGUCCUAGUUGUGUCGAGUGGACAUUAAACCUCAUUUCUCUCUCUCUCUCUCUCUGUCUUUACUACACUAGGAUCUGGAAGAGUUGUUAUAUAACCAACGUUCUGGAUGUGAGUCUGUUACGGUUAGUGUUUGGCUUGAGGCCACCCUCCACUAAAAUUGGUCAGAUCUUCAUGAAGUGUAGGCUAUCGAAAGUAUAAAAAAAAACGAAAUGAAAUAUAGAUCUGUAUUUUAAUCAGAUUGUACAUUGAGUGGGGAGGUUGGAUAGCCGAAUGGUUAGCAUGUGCACGUUAUAUGAUAAGCUCUCAUUGAGUCAACUGGCAUGGUUUCGAUUCCCCAGUUGUACGUGUCAAGGAGGAGGGUUGCCUGUCCAACCUCGUGGGUUUUCUUUGGGUCGUCUGGUUUCCUCCCAUGGCUAAAUAUCCCUACGUGCAAUAAAAAUAUAGAAAUAAAAUUGAACCAUGCAUUAGUCCCGAAAUAACCUAGUUUGUGUUCGAGUGGAUGUUAAACCCCAUUUUUCUCUCUCUCUCAAGUUAAAAUAUAACUGCAUUAACAUUAUUUUAACAUGUGCUAUGUAACGUCUUCUGUGAUUCCGUUUUAACGCUAAUUUACUCUUCUCAGUAUUUUUCUCUUUUUGCUGGGGAUGUUAAAAAACGAAAUAUAUCUUAUCUCAAGGUUUCAUGUUACUACAAAAAAUGGUCAAAAAAAUAUUUUAAUCAAGGAAUUGGAAACAAAAAAAUAUUUUAAUCAAGGAACUGGAAACAAAAAAUAUUUUAUUACCGCGUAGGCGCGGAAAGUUAUUAAAUUAUACAAGACGUGGAUUAAAAUGUAUACAAAAAUAUACUCGGAUUAAAAUCAGAUGUCUGUUCUCUUUUAUUUCUCAAAGAGGUAGAUCAUUAAAAUGACGUGUAUAAGUAAAGAAUAAAAAAAAAUUGUAAUCUGAUUUUAAUGAGAUCGUGCGAAAUAAACAAUAAUGGAAUAUUGAGGAAAAAAAACCCCCAAAAAACAUUAAAUCAUUUUUAAUGUGAUAUUAACAUUCUUCUUCAGUUCAAGAUAGCCUAAAAAGGGUUUAAUCACCUACAUUAAAUUGUGGUUGUAUAAUGUUGUCCCCUCUGUUUGUUAACCCGUCCUCCACAAUUACUUUCAUUUCAAAUUAGAGUUUAAAUUAAACUUAAAUCCUUACUCUAAUAGAUUACACUCGGAUCCUUAUUCUAAUAGAUUACACUCGGAUCCUUAUUCUAAUAGAGGGUCGCCUGUCCAACCCCGUGGGUUUUCUCCGGGUCCUCUGGUUUCCUCCCACUGCUAAUGACCCCUACGUGCAAGCGAAUUAUUGAAAUAAAAUUAAAAACCAUAUGUUAGUCCCGAAAUGACCUAGUUUGUGUCGAGUGGACGUUAAACCCCAUUUCUCUCUCUCUCUCUCUUUAUUCUAAUAGAUUACACUUGGAUCCUUACACUAAGGGAUUAAACUCAGCUAUACUUAUUCUAUAAGAUUAUUGCAUGUUUUUAAACUCCGAUCCUUAUUCUAAUAGGUUACACUUGGAUCCUUACACUAAGGGAUUAAACUUGAAUCCCUAUUCUAACUUCAGAUUUCUGCAUGCUUUUAAACUCGGAACUUUAAGGUUACUGCAUGUUUUUAAACUUGGAACUUUAAGGUUACUGCAUGUUUUUAAACUCGGAACUUUAAGGUUACUGCAUGCUUUUAAACUCGGAACUUUAAGGUUACUGCAUGUUUUUAAACUCGGAACUUUAAGGUUACUGCAUGUUUUUAAACUCAUAACUUUAAGGUUACUGCAUGUUUUUAAACUCAGAACUUUAAGAUUAUGGCAUGUUUUUGAACUCAAAUCCUUUUUCUAUAAGUAUAAGAUUAAACUAAGAUCCUUAUUCUGUAAGGUUUUUUUAACUCAGAUCCUUACUGUUAAGAUUACUGCAUGUUUUUAAACUCAAAACUUUACUUUAUAAGAUUAUUGCAUGUUUUUGAAACUCAGAACUUUAAGAUUACUGCAUUUUAAUAAACUCAAAUUGACAUUCCUGGCUAUUUUAACUUGAAUAAUUUGUAGAAUAAAACUGUUAACUUGAAGGUCUGUGAUACAUUUUCUUUUCCAAACAAAAUUUAAGGCCAAACCAAUUUGAGUUUCAGUUAUUCUAGAUCUUGAUAAGGAGCCUCAUUGAAUUUUAACAAAUUUGGUGAGAAGAGCAGCAAAGUUUUUCUGUUUUUAUAUCUUUUGUUCACCAAGAAAUAUUAAGCAAAAUUUUCAGGUUUUCCCAAAGAACUUAACUUUCAAAUUGGUAUGGCCUAAAUUCAUGUGGUAAUAUUGAUAAUAUUUUCAAUAUCAGAAUAAUUUGGUAAUAUUGAUAUUUACAGUAUCGGAAUAAUUUGAUAAUACUGAUAAUAUUUUCAGUAUCAGAAUAGUUUGGUAAAAUUGAAAAUAUUUUCAGUAUCAGAAUAAUUUGGUAAUAUUGAUAAUAUUUUCAGUAUCGGAAUAAUUUGGUAAUAUUGAUAAUAUUUUCAGUAUAGGAAUAAUUUGGUAAUAUUGAUAAUAUUUUCAGUAUCGGAAUAAUUUGGUAAUAUUGAUAAUAUUUUCAGUAUCGGAAUAAUUUGAUAAUAUUGAUAUUUUCAGUAUCGGAAUAAUUUGGGUCAGUGCAAGUAAAUAAAUAUGUAACAUAUAGCAAGAGGGUAUUCCAUAAAUAUUUUAGACACUAAAUUGAAUAUUAGACUUGAACUACCAGUUGACGAUUUAUUUUAUGUUUUGUUUGUCAUUUUAUUUGAAUGUGAGAUACAUUUAGAUCAUCCAGAGUUGUUUUUUGUGUGUCAUAUGCCAUUUUUUGACAAGAUAAAGUCUGUUUCAAUUUAAGAAAUAAACUUUGGAAGAUAUGUAAAAAUA